AAUCUUAUUAAAUAAACAAACAAUGGAGUGAGUCCAUCUGCAACUAGCCAACAACUCACGAGGCCCCCAUUAACGCAAAGCUCCUCUUCUUUUCUCUCUCUAUAUAACCCCCUUCAUCCUCCUCUCUCUCUCCUCAUCUUUUCUUUCCUCUCUCACAACAAUGGCCUCUAAACGCGACAGAGAUGAACCCGCCGGAGCCGACGAGAUCAACGAGCUUAAGCGCCAAAAAUCCUACACCCAAAUUCUCUCUCUUUUAGACGAAGACGAAGAGGAACCCAUUCAUGAUUUAUCCUCCAUUAUCACCACUCUUCAACAAGAAAUCUCCUCGCCGUCGUCGCCUCAAAACACCGCCGACGCCGUGACCACCGCCACCCACGACUCUGUUUCUACCUCUUCCUCCUCUGUAACUUCUUCCGACUCUGUCAAAGAAACAGAGGAAGAAGGGGAAAGUGAGAGGGUUAUGAGACAUCUCCUCCAAGCUUCCGACGACGAGCUGGGGAUUCCGGCCGGGGAGUUCUUGGUCGGUGACGGCGUUAAUGGUGUGCUGCCGUUCUGUGAUGCGUUCUGGGAAUUGGAAGAUGAGGCUGCUAAUUACUAUACUCUGUUUCAAUCCCAGCUGUUUAUGUAGCCUUCAGCCCUUCUUCAUUUAAUUCAAUUAUAGAAAUAUAUUUAAAAUGUUAGAAUUUCAACACGAAAAUGAAAAAAAUGUGUUCCAAGUUCAUCAUCGUCUCUGAUCUCUGCGUCUGUAAUGGAAGGAAUUUGUGGAAGACAUUUUCGGA